UUAGAUGCUUCUGAAAGCCAUCCCGCAUGACCCAAUCGGGUUUGGCUACACGCUGUACUCGAAACUUCUGAAUAUGUUCAUCGAGCUAAAAGCCAAAAACAAGUGCCGUAUGGUUCAUGCCCAUCUGACAACAAAUGGGUUCUCGUCAAACGUACAUCUGGGCACAAAGCUGAUCAUAUUCUACUCAAAGUAUGGUGACAUGGAAGUUGCUCAAAAGGUGUUUGAUGGAAUGUCCCAAAGGAAUUUGGUUUCUUGGACUGCCUUGUUGUCUGGGUAUUCCCAGAAUGUGAAUUCAGGAGAAGCUCUGAGGGUGUUUGCAACAAUGCACCGGAAGGGGUUGAAGGGGAAUCAGUUUGCGUAUGCAAGUGCUUUGAGGGCGUGCACCAGUUUGUUGUGUCUGGAAAGGGGGACACAAGUACAAGGGCGCAUUCAGAAGAGCAGAUUUGCUGGGAAUUUGUUUGUGCAGAGUGCAUUGCUUGAUUUUCAUUCAAAGUGUGGGAAAAUUGAGGAUGCUCGUCAUGUGUUUAAUUCAAUGCUAGAGAGAGAUUUGAUUUCAUGGAAUUCAAUGAUUGGUGGGUAUUCUUUUCAGGGGCUCUGGGAUCACGCCUUUUUUGUGUUCCGCCUGAUGCUUAGGGAAGGUUUAUCCCCCGAUUGCUUCACCUUUGGAAGUGUUCUGAGAAAUGCAUGUGGAGAUCAUAGUGUUUCUAGACUCAUGAUGGUCAGCAGUAUACAUGGUAAAGGCGUUGAUCACUGUGUGGACAUCUUCUUGGGGUUACACCGAAGCCACUUGGGAAUUGACAGUGUAAUAUUGUGCUCAAUGCUCAACGUGUGCGCUAAUUCAACAUUACUGAAUCUAGGAAGGCAGAUGCAUACUCUUGCAUUGAAAUAUCAAAGUGGUCAGGAUGUAGCCCUAGGGAACUCUUUGAUUGAUAUGUACUCAAAGACAGGUGAGAUUGAGGAUGCUAAGAAAACUUUUGAUCUCAUGAAAGAGAAGAAUAUAAUCUCUUGGACGUCAAUGAUAACUGGAUAUGGUAUGCAUGGCCACGCGGAGCAUGCAAUUUCUCUUUACAAGAAGAUGGAAUCACAGGGAAUUCACCCAAAUGAUGUUACAUUCUUAUCCCUCUUCUCUGCUUGUAGCCAUUCUGGGUUGAUGUCUCAAGGAUGGGAAUGCUUCCAUAAUAUGGUAGGCAAAUAUAAGCUUUUGCCGCGGUUGGAGCAUUAUACAUGCAUAGUAGACCUUUUGGCACGUGACGGUUGGUUGGAGGAAGCCCAUAGUUUGAUAUGUUUGGGGAGUAUUCAGUCGAAUGCCUCUCUUUGGGGAUCAAUUCUUGGGGCUUGUAGCAUGUAUGGAAAUAUGCACCUUGGAGAAGUAGCGGCGAAGAAUUUAUUUAGUUUGAAACCCAAGGAGUCUGCCAACUAUGUUGCCUUGGCUAACACAUAUGCAUUGGCAGGUUUAUGGCAAAGGGCAGCAUAUGCACGGGAACUGAUGAAAAAUGGGAGGUUACUAAAGAGUCAUGGUUAUAGCUUUACUUUGUCAAAUAGUAGCAAGAAUAUACCACUUCUCUCAUCUGGUUGAAACAAGAAAUAUCCACUUCAGAUCAUAGGUGCUUCAGUUUGGCAUAGUGGAGAAUGGUUGGGACAUAUCAUUGGUGUCAUGGAGCUGUGCAUGAUGUAUCUAUCCAACAUGCACAUCCCCAUUUAGUGCAGAUAUGAUUUUCUUUCCAAUAAUGCAGUUGAAGUGGUGUUAUUGUGUUUGUGUGAACAUCAAGGCUAUGAAGGUUGAACUUUUGGACCUUUCCUCGUCGUCGGCAAAAGCAGAUGAUAAGUAUGAAGGAAUGCCAACUAACGUUCUUCACAUGCUUGUGAAGUAUUUUAGCAAUCAAGGAUUGGAAGGGAAGGUUGGGAAGGUGUGUUCCCAGGAAACCAACGCGUUUGAAGAUGUCGUGGAGGGAUGUCACGUCUGUUUAUGAGUAUGGUGUGGCGACAAUGCGGCACAUGGAGACAUACAUGGGCCGAGGUUUAAAGGGAUGGGACUGUGGUUUAUCCAAGGAAGACCGGAAGGCAGUGAACACCC